UCGUACUGCUGAACCUAUUGCACGGAUUCGCAGCACUUCCGGGCAUCUACGUCAUGUCGUUCGCCUUCGACAAUCCGACCUUCGGCUAUUCGAUGCUUGCUAUCUAUUCCUUCGUCCUAUCGCUACUGGGCAGCCUGGCGACCGUGUUUAUGGAGCACUUCUCGCACAACCUGAAGGCUCCCUUUCUCAUCGUGGCUCUGGAGGUGAUGCUGCAAGUGAUGCGGCUGGUGCCCUCCUUCUCCUACUCCCGCGGCAUGACCAAGAUCCUGGAGCUGAGCAGGGAGAACGCCAUCUGCCGCAAAGGUGGCGUCGACCUCGAGCGCAUCUGCCACACGCAUGCAAUCGACUUCAAGCCAGCGCUCAAGCUGUGCUGCGAAACGCCCGAACACCAGCGUUUCGAGCACAUCCUGAUCCAGCCCCUGUCGGCCCACCACUACUCGGCCUACUACGAAGUGGUCACGCUGGCCGUCGAGGGUUGCGUCCUCUUCCUGCUGCUCAUGUUCUUUGAGUCACGCUGGGUUUACAGGACCGAGAGCAUGCUCAGCGCGCCGAAGGAGAAGUCCUCCAUCAGCGUCACCUCCAGCCUGGCCCCGCGGCCGUCCAGGCACCGGGCGGAAGAUUCUGACGUGGUCCGGGAGAAUCAGCUGGUAGAGGGCAUGGGCCAGUCCUCUCGCCAAGCGUCCUCGAUACCUAUUUCGCCGGUCCACAAGACCACCAUGUUUGUGAGCCGCCUGACGAAGGCGUACGGCUGGUGGGAGAAGAAGCCCGUGUUGCAGGGGCUCAGCUUCACCCUACGGACCGGGGAGUGCUUCGGCUUGCUGGGCGUAAACGGGGCCGGCAAGACGACCACCUUCAGGAUCCUCACGGGCUACUUCAUGCCUGCCUGCGGCGACGCGUACAUCAACACACUCUCUGUCGUCAAGGAUACCAGAUCUUUCCAGAGCUACCUGGGCUACUGUCCUCAACGAGACGGAAUCCUGGACCUCCUGACGGGCACAGAGACGCUGAUGCUGCACUGUCAACUCAAGGGCAUCGCCGACACGACAAAGUACACUGAAGUCCUGCUGGAGGUCUUCAACAUGGAGGACAUCGCCGAGCAGCUAGUGGGAACGUACAGUGCCGGCAACAGACGCAAGUUGUCUCUGUGCCUGUCUAUGAUCGGCACGCCUCAAGUACUGCUGCUGGACGAACCCUACGUCGGCAUCAGCACAUUGGCACGCAAAAGAAUUAUCAACUAUAUAAGUGCCCUCCAGCGGGCAGCCAAGAUGUCUAUUGUACUUACAUCGCACAGCCUGACGGAUGUGGAGUUCCUGUGCAACCGUAUAGCCAUCCUGAGCAAAGGCAGGCUGCAGUGCCUGGGCUCGCUGCCGCACCUCAAGCAGAAGUUCGGUAAAGGUUUCACCAUCACCGUCAAGACCUACCCGGACAAGAAGCAGGACGUGACCUACCAGGAGGAAGUGGCCAGGGCCGUCAAGGCCCACUUUAGGAACGCCAAACUGGUCCACAGCUACGAGGGUCUCUUGGAAUUUCGCAUGACCCACGUGAGCUUUCUGUGGAGCGAGAUGUUCCACAGGAUGGCCAAGAUCAAAAAGACGUUCAAGCUGCAGGACUUCUACAUCACCGACACGUCGCUGGAACAUAUCUACCUUAGCUUCACGCAUAGAGAGGCUAGCGUCGCCGCCCUGCAGAGUGCUACGCCCAAGCCGGUCGUUCUGGGCCUCUAGGAACGCGUUGCGGCCCCUUAGCCGAUACAGAACCAA